AUGACGAGCCAAGUGCCAGCGUCUAUCCUUGCCCGGGGAGACGCGGAGGGUGACGGCGGCCGCACAAAGGUGGCGCACUUCGUGUUCGUCCCGCUGAGAGAGCAGGGUCACCUCAUCCCGGCCGUCGACACCGCCCUGCUGCUUGCCACCCACGGCGCGCUCUGCACCAUCGUGGCGCUGGUGCGACAGACCGUCGAGUCCGCCCAGCGGACCGGGCUGCCGGUCCGGCUCGUCGAGUUCCCGCUCGACUACGCCGAGUCCGGCUUGCCGGAAGAGGCGGACGACGCGGACAGGGUUCCACCAAAUUACAUGUGGAACUACUACCGCGCCAUGGCGCUCCUCCGCGCACCAAUCGAAAGCUACCUCCGCGCUCACGCGCCGUACCCGACGUGCAUCGUGUCGGACUUCGUCCACCCCUGGACCACGGAGCUCGCCGCCAACCUCGGCGUCCCGCGGCUGAGCUUCUUCAGCAUGUGCGCCUUCAGCCUCCUGUGCCAGCACAACCUCGAGAGGUGGGUCAAUAGCAGCCGCCUUCUUUGCUGCUUUCUGAAAAAGGGAUCGAAUGUCUCUGUUUCUUUUCAUAAUUCAAGACUCAAGAGUUCUGGAAAAAACACUCGCCAAUUAGCAAAACUAACGAUCGGAAGAAACCUGGAACUGAGGAAGGACGAGGAUGGACGGGGAGUAUCACCUGAGGAACUGAGGAAGGACUGGCGAUCAGUCCUACAGGCGAUGGCGGUAAUCCAGGGCUCUAGGCUAGGCGAAGCGACGGGCGAUGCCGAUGCGCCGAUGGCGGCAGUCCAGACUCAACGGGGCGACGGGAUCGGCGAUAGGUGGUUGGUGGACCACCCUAACCACCCACUAGGUCCGCCAAUGGCUAGAGAGAAGGUUCGUGGUGACGAGGGCGUAGGCCCCGGGGCUUCUUCCGGGGGAUCCCAAUCCCGUGGUGGGAAGAGUUCGCGGACUACGUCGAGCACGCGGGCCGAGGCCGACGGAGUCAUCGUGAACACCGUCCUAGAUCUGGAGCCGGAGUACGUCACCGGCUACGCGGCGGCCCGGGAGAUGAAGGUCUGGACCCAGGACAUGAUUUUUUUUGAGCCAGAACAACUAUUAGAUCAAACACGAACUACAGUCUCGACUUAA